AUUCCACUCAAGAAAUCAUCUACAGUCGCUAAAAUGAAUGACCUGUGGAAUUCAACAGCUUUUACAGAUAAUGUCUACAUAUCAAAACGCAGUAUUAGAAAGAUUCUCAUCAGCAAGAGGCAUUAUCUGCCUGUGGAGAGUAACAUUACUGACACCAUGAAAAUGAGCUUUAAUCUACCCAGUGAAGAGGACAUCAGUGCUUCUGCCAGUUGUGAUGAAAAUAAAAACAAAAAAAUAACAAUCCAAGAGAAUUCUAGAAGUCAAGCUACAUGCCACCUUCCUGAGAAAUAUUCUGAACAAUCCUCUGAAAAGGAGAGCGAAGUGAAGGCUGAGCUUGGAUCUGACCCUGAGCCUGGAUCUGAUUCCCGACUGAAUCAUGAGCACUUGGAAACGACCAGCAUCACCAACAUGAAAGUGAAGCAGGAGGUGGAAAUGACUAUGCCAUAUGAUCUGGCAGCGAUUCCACAAGAUCAGCAGGAGACUGUGGGGGAUGAAUGCGAGGUUGAGGGUAACCUGAACUCUUCCCAGAAUCAGGUUUUAAGAAGUCAAUUUGUGUUUGCGGCCAUGAAGAAGCGAGGAAUGGAGGGAGACAUGGAAAACCGUCCAUACAAGUGCCCCUACUGCAGCUGGGCUUUCAAAAAGUCUAGCAACCUUUUGAGCCACAUUGAUACUCACCAAGGUCUUAAACCGCAUGUUUGUGACCUGUGUGGGAAGGCCUACUCGCACCAAGGUACUCUUCAGCAGCACAAGCGGCUACACACAGGCGAAAGACCAUACCAUUGCCCAUUUUGUGAGAAAAGCUACAUUUGGUCCUCUGACUUCCGCAAACACAUCCGAACGCACACUGGAGAGAAGCCAUACAACUGUGAGGAAUGUGGCAAGGACUUUGUGCGUUCCUCUGACCUGCGGAAGCACGAGCGCAACAUGCACACCAACAACAAGCCGUUCCUCUGCAAGCAGUGUGGCCAAACCUUCAACAAACCCCUAUCUCUUCUCCGUCACGAGCGCAAGCAUUUGGGUGAGAGGCCCUUUGUUUGCCCGGAGUGCGGGAAAGCAUUUGCCCUGGCCAGUCGCAUGACAGAGCACAGGAAAAUCCACAGCAGCGUGCGUCCCUACACCUGCUCCGUUUGCUCUAAAGCUUUCACCAAGUCCUCCAACCUCGCUGAACAUCUCACAGUUCACAGUGGAGUGCGCCCACACAAGUGCUCAGAGUGUGGAGUGGCAUUCGCCAUGGCGUCCCGGCUAGUGCGACACCAGCGUAUUCACACAGCUGUGUGCUCCUAUCACUGCCAAGGCUGCGAUAUGUCAUUCAGCUACCUUGCGGCACUCAAGAGGCAUCAGAAGCAGCAUGGAGAGGGCACAAUCUUUGUAUGUGGGCAGUGCAGUAAAUCUUUCCCACAGGAUUCCCUGCUUACAGAACACAUGCAGAGCCAUGCUGACGCUGAGACUUGCAUUACCUAAGUACUGUUACUGAAGUAAGGAGGAUAGCAAAUCUGCACACUCAUGGUAAAAGAAGAUGGCAUACAUCUUGAUAAACUCC